AGCCAGCGGUGGUGGCCGCCCACUGCGCGGCGGCGGUGGUGGCGCGCGCCAGACAGUUCCGCCAGCACCAGUGUGUGACCGCGGCGGAUGCCACUCGCGAGGACACCAUGUCGCUGCUCAGUGUGACAGUUAAACGUGCGAAGUAUCAUGGCCCGCAAGCAAACCAACUUAGCACCUAUGUAACUCUGAAGCUUCAGCAUGUCAAGUCGACUACGGUUACCGUCAAGGGCGCAGAACCAUGCUGGGAGCAGGAUUUCUUGUUUGAGACCGAACAAAUGGAUACCGGUCUUCUGGUGGAGGUCUGGAGCAAGGGCCUGCUCUGGGACAAGGCGCUCGGAUACAGGUGGCUGCCUCUGACCGACAUCCAGUACUCAAACGAGGAGGGACAGGGCCAGUGGCUGGCGCUCCAUCUGGAGCCUGUUGUCAACGCCAGUGGCGAGGUAGUGGGCACGCGCAACCCCACCGGAGACGAUGUGCUGCUCGACUGCCGCUUCGAGGUGCCGUUCGCGGGCGUCUCGGAGGACAGUGACUACACGAGCGACAUCGGCUACCCGAUCGGCCAGAACCCCAACUCUUCCGCCUCCCAGUACCUGGGCGCCGCCAGCAUCUGGCCGGCUCGCACCAGCUGACGGCCGACUACGGAAACGGAGCUUACCCGAGCCACCCAGAGAUGUCGCCAGGAGCGGGCUGGCCCGAGGAGGAGCUCUUCUACAACAGCCGGCCUAACGGCCGCGCCGCCACCAGCCAACCUGUGCACACAGCAAGGACGCCAGGAACGCAGCUGACGAGGAAUGUGUCGGAGACCGGUCGACGCCACAGUCUGGAGCGCCAGACCACCCUGUACGAGGAGCACCCGAUGGAAGGCGACCCGUACGGCGUCGACAGCUGGCCGGCUGCCCAGCAGAGGUACUAUUACCACGACCCGUACCGACCCGACCCGUCGCCCACUACCCGGUCAUCAGGUGAGAGAGUGGCCGCCCCCUCUGCCGCCGCCGCCGGGCGGUGCAUGCCGCUAAAUGUGACCGGCUGCUGCUCGCCUGUCUGUCGGAAUGGAUGUCCUCGCACUCCGGAGAAGCCCGAGGUCGAUACUCGGAGUCGGCAAGAGGUGACGCGGCAGUGCUCUCUCUCGUGUCACUGAGAUCAGUGCGUGGGCGGUGACCGGCAAAGUUGCAGAAACUGUCCGCAUGACCAACUUUUCGGCUGCUGACCUGUGCGACAUUGUCAGAGUCAAAGAGUCCAAAUCGAUUUGCUUGAACUGCAAAGUUUACCAGCCGUAUGCUCUUUGUGAUUUUAGUUUCUGACAUGGCUGCUGAGCCAGAAAUCAAGAUGUAAAAUAUUUUCCAUUGUUGCGGCCACCCCAAAUGCCACUGAUCGGUGCACGUCAGUGUUGCACACGCCAAUCGUGGAAACGAGUCUCGCACAAAUAAACCUAAAAAUGUGGCUGCACCGGGUACCAAGACCGUGCGGCG